AUGACCUCGAAUGGGUCGGCGCGUAUGAAGAGCGACGGGGCAGACACGCCGGUGUCUGUCCCUAGCGAAGAUGCUUACAAUGGAGCGACGCUGUCGCAGCGCUUCCAGUUCCGGCCGUACGAGUCGGUGGGUGUGUCGGACACGGACGAGGCGGAGCUGCCAAGCCAUGUGUCGCAGCCCUUCCUCGAGCCGCGAGGAACGCGCGACUCGCGCAUGUACGACCGCCUUGGCGUGUCUGGCAUGAUUCCCGUACUUCUUCUAUACGCUGUGCAUGGUAUCCUUGCGCGGUGGAAGGCGAUCGUGUGCAUCGGCGUGCUCGGCUCGGUGGCCGCCAUGUUGAUUUUCAACAUGAGCCGCCCCGAGUGGCGCGAGAUGGCCUACUACCGCAUCAACCCCAAUGCGCAAGUCCCGCUCGACGCGAAAGGCGAGUGGAUCCAUGUGCGGCCCAAGCACCCCAUCAUCCCCCCCAAGAUGCACCAGUGCCCCGGCCCCCACGCGCGUGUCGUGCCGCUCUCGCCGCAGAGCGCGCAUCCGACGCCCGACUCGCACCCCCGCGCGAUUGUGGGUGACCACAAGCUCGUGGGCCUCGACGAGGAGCAGUGCAUUACCUACCGGGAGCGCUACGAGAUGUACACCGAUGAGGCCCUCAACAUCACCUACCGCCUGCCGGACGAGCUGCUGCCCACGGCGAAUGUGCAAGUGAUCUACGACGAGGAUCCCGACAAUCCCCAGCCGAUCGGGCACAAGAGGCCGCGCGUCGCGUCGCUGAACGAGACGCGCGAGCGCCUCGGCUACGACCCGUUGCACGGUCUGCCGCGCGACCCCACCGUGCCUGUGCGCAUCUGGGAGGACCGGCUGCGUGAGGACUUGGCGCGCUACAAUGCGCGCAGCAACGAGGAAGUCUAUGUCCCCGACUGGCGCCAGCUGAUGGAUGACUGCUAUGCGCAGCGCCUCGCCGAGCGCGGGUGGAACAGCAGUGCGCCGGUGGACAAGAACCCCGCGCCGAGCACCUCGACCGGCCAAGGGAACUUGGACACGGACGCGUCCAAGAUCUACCGCACGAACCCCCACUACAAGCGCACUGCACUGGUGAUGCGCAGCUACGAAGGCUACCCCUGGCGCGAGGACGAUAUCCUAAACCUGCGUGCGCUCAUCAGUGAGCUCUCGCUGAACAACCCCAACACGCCGUACGACAUCCGCAUCCUGGUCGAGGUGAAGAACCCCACGCUGUCCAUCUUUACGAGCGAGUGGGACCGGUACCGGGUGCUUGUCUCGUCCGUCCCCCGCGAGUUCUGGGGCCUGGUCGAGUUCUGGACGGAGAAGGAGCUCGAGGUGCUGUACGCUGGCCUGCCCGGCAAGUUUAUCAACAACAUGAUUGCCCAGACCUCGUACCGCUCGUGCCUGAUGGCCGUGCAAAAGUUCUGGCUCGACCACCAAGAGUACGACUACGUGUACAACUGGGAGAUGGACGUGCGGUACAUUGGCAACUACCUCGACUUUUUCGAGGGCAUCGAGGAGUACGCGCGCCGCGAGCCGCUCGUGCCCGGCAUGAACAAGUACGACACGUGGUACGUGCGCAACGCCACGGAUUCGGAGAACAACUGGCGCAACCCUCCCACCGAGACGAGCGGUACGGGCUUGGAGGCGGACAUGAUCACCCUCGGUCCGAUCUUUGACCCCCGUGGCUCGGGCUGGUACUGGACGCACGACGUGCAGAACUACCCCAAGGGCCGCAACACGGACCGCCGCGCGUCGAUCGGUACCAACAUGCGCUUCUCGCGCGGCUUGCUCGAGGCGAUGAACGUCGUCAACGCCGAGGCGAAAAAGUCGCUCCACUGCGAGGCGUGGCCCACGACGCUCGUCCUCCAUUCGCAGCUCGAGCGGUCCGAGGACCACUCGUUCUACCCCACGGCCGGCUUCACCUACAGCCUGGAUCUGCCAUUCAAGGGCGUGUUUGCGCCGCAUCCCAUCUACUUCCGCCACGAGUGGGAUCCGCGCGAGCUGGAGAGUCUACUCAAUCGCCAAAACUUUUACGAGAAGAAGAACGAGAACCUGCACAAGGACUCGUCCUUCUACUACCACUCGCAGCACUCCAAGGAGUUGUACAUGGGCUGGAAGGCUGGCGAGAACGUGUGCCGCGCGCCGUCGAUGCUGCAUCCCAUUAAACGUGUAGACUAUGUGCACCACCUCGAGGGCACUACCGCCUAG